AUGUCCAGUGAGGAUCUGCAGUGGCUAGAAAGCUAUCUUCGCCAUGGCUAUGACCCCGAAGCCCAAAGCUUAGACGAAUCUGCAGCCUACUUCCAGUCAAAUCCGUAUUUCGCGUUGCCCCCCUCGUCCUCCUACACGCACGCGCCCAACGGUCCGCUCGGCUCGCGAUAUCAUCCAUCAUACUCAAACGAGAGGAAUGCCAGGCCUCCUGCUUCCAGCACAGCAGCCCCAGAACACUCGUCUCACUCGGCCCCUGCCUACCCUCAUCCCUACCAAGGACAACCCGCGCCGUUCCUGCCAACCCCAACCAUGGGGCCGCCGCCAGGUUCGCACGCCGAGAGCGCGUACCGGUUUGCUCCGCCUCAGGGACAUAAGUCGUUCCCUUCUCAGUCGCCAAAGCCCCCGCCUGCGAAGGAAUACAAGCAGCCUGCCCCGCAGCUCCCCAAGCCAGUGCAGACACAUAAGGCGGGUCGGCCUCAGUUGCCUCGUCCAGUGCCUCAGCCGGCUAAGGCCCCCCCGCCUCCAGGGUACAGACCAGCCUCGCCCAAUGUGCCCUAUCCAGCCUCUUCGCAGCCGGCUCCUGCUCAAGCAUACCGGACGCCUACGUCUCAAGCUUCCUACCAAGCUUCUUCGCGGCAAUCUCAAGUAUCCUGUCCAGCGCCUUCGCAGCAACCUCAAGCGUCCCGGCCAGCGCCUGCGCAGCAACCUCAAGCAUCCCAUCCAGCGUCUUCGCAGCCACCUCAAUCGGGCCCGCCUCCGGCGCCAAGCCCUCUCCCUUUGACUGUGGAACCCUCGCAGCUGUUUAAUCAGAUUCCUCUACCGGUACCUCCUAUCCAGUCGUCGAGCUCGGCCCCGCCAACCAUACCUUCUACACAGAUGCCAACCGCUGGUCCCUCACCCACACCUCACAGUACCAGUGGCCAACCUAAAAACAACUCGCGCCCUUCCUCCGUCCCGGCUCCUCAAGCUCCUAAGUCAGCUGCUCAAAUGUCACCUCCAUCGGCUCCGGCGCCGGGCCGCCCUCCUAUGCCGCAAUCGACCGCUCCUCGGAAUGAAGGAGAGCCUGGUCAUGAUACAAAGAGACGUCGCGUUGACACACCCGAGCAGACAAAGGUGCCGGCCGGCGGAUUGGCGGCCUAUAACUUUACACCCUCAGCGACAGGCUCUCUGUCAGAUAAAGGGCAUUUAAAACACCGUAUGGAUAUUAUCGAACCGCUACGCGAGGAAGAUGCUGCGGAGAAAAUGGUCUAUAACCCGGCUACCAUUGCUAGAGACGUCUUGAUCGCCACUGGACGGCAUCCAACUGAGGAGAAAUUGAACCACCAUCUUUUCCGGCUGCGCGACGCAUUCUCUCAUGUGGACUACGGGGCGGACUUGUCGACAUUUCGCUGGGACUUGGUCGACCCUCUGGACCCACGUGACCCGGGCCCGUCACUUCCCAAGCCGCGGGCGGCCGCGCCGGCGGCGCCGCGUCCCGCGCCUCGCCCGGCAUCUUCAACUCCCGUCAAUAACACCUUCCUUCUGUCUCCACAACCGCAUCCUCACCACCCCCCACCUCCACGCCCCGAACAUCCACGAGUGCAGCAAACAGCCGGGCCCUCGCAGAAGUCUCAAUUGCAAAAUCCGUCCCCAGCGCCUUCUUGGCAAGUGCGCCCGCACUCGCAGUCGCAGCCGCAAGUACAGCUUGGGAGCUUGCCUCCGCGCCCACCGCCGCCGCAUCUUCCACCCACAUCGCGAGCACCCCCGCAGCCCCAGCCGCAGCCCAAACCCCGCACACCCAGUACACCCAGGUCAACCGUGAAAGCGGGCGCCAUGCCCGGCAAAAGACCGCCCGGUCGACCCCCUGGGAGUGGGAAACGGCAGCAGCAACAGCAGGCGCUGCUACAGCAGCAGCCAGCCGCAGCACAGGCGCCGGUUCCGUACCAGGUCUUCCCAUGCGGGUGGGCGAACUGCCAGGCUCAGCUGCACAACCUGGAGAUGCUGAAAAAACACGUCUUCAAGGUGCAUGUGUCGCAGCAGCUCACGUGCUCGUGGAAGGACUGUACAUUUCCGGAGUCUCUGCCCGCGGCGCUGUUGUUCAAGCACGUGAAAAAGGAGCACCUGGAUGCUGUGGCGUGGAAGCUGGGCGAUGGGCCGUCGGUACCUGGAACUGGUGAGAAAGCAUCUGGAUGAUGGGAACUGAGAUCCCGGGGAGCCCAGGGCCUUUGGGCAUUCCCGACACUGCUCGACCGGGCAGCGAGGACGCACUCAUCUUCCCUGCGAGCUACAGCUCCAUGCGGGCCUUCAUCCGCGCUCACGGGAGGAAUAAUACCGCGCAUGAUCG